AUGGACAACCCUACAAACGAUAAUUACAUACUUGGGCUAUGGCACUUAAGUCUGCAGGGCACAGAGGGGGAAAAUGAGCGUGGAUCGGAGCUGGUUACGGCGCCCGGCGUGCAGAAUGCAAACAUGGUCGACUCCAAGACGCUGUUCCACGGCGAGAAGCUCUAUCUCUCGCAGGUGUGGCGUGAUGGCUCUACUUGUGAUUUAAACGGAUUGCCACGAACUGUCGAAGUGCAAUACUUCUGUUCUCCUGACGGUUCGCACAAUAUUGCAUCAAUUUCCGAAGUGCUUACAUGCAAUUAUGUCUUGGUCGUGCAUGUCCCUUCUCUUUGCAAUGUCGCUGCAUUCCGCGAUAUACAGACUGAAGAUGUGAAUAUUAUCAAGUGUCGUCUAAUCGUCCCAGACGAUCCCGUGGAGCGCGAUACAUACUUGGCAAAUGCGCAUGCAAGCAAAAAGUCUCACUACCACCCUGCCGAAAUUGACCCUGAAUUUGUGUUUGCUACGCCAGAUCAAGAACUGGAGCAAAUGGAACUGCACGCAGAUAGCACCACGGGCAAAGACACUUUGGAGCAGCAAUCGUCCGACACUGUGAAUGACCAAUUGUUGCCUCUCGAGCUUGACGCGGAGCACCUACGGGAUAUUUUGAAGUCGAUGGUGGAAGAGAGUAGGAGCGGUACGCACACGGCGUCGUCGGCUACUUUAUCUAUGACCGCAUUGAGCGAUGCACCCGACACAAAAGAUACACCGGCUCCUUCAUACCAUGACGAUCUAUAG